ACUAGAGAAAUAAGGAGCUUCAUUUCAAAAUGGCCGAUUCUGAUUCUAAACCAUUGUUUUCAUUCAAGAAAGUUAAUCGCAAGCGAGCUGUUCGAAAGCAGCAGAAUAACAGCAGUGAGGGUUAGUUGACUACCAAAUUAACAUAUAAUUAUGUGAAAAGUGUUUCCACAUAUUCCACCCAUUUUCGUGUUUAGCCAUUUGUUUUGUUAGUUUUGUUCCGAGGUCCACUUCUAAUAUACUAAGACUAAGACUAGUGACGAGCAAGACUAACUAUAACUUAAUAAUUAUUGAAUUUGAAGCUUUUUCAAAUCCAAUAAGCUGUUGCGGCUGUAGUAUUUUUGUUAAAAAGGUUUUGAAAUAUUCAUCCAAGUGCCUACUAAUAAUAAUGAAUAAUUUUUAUAUAAUAUCCUUUUCAUUUUUAUUAGAGCCCUAGGGAAUAUAUUGAUCUACAUGUGUAGGCACUUGGAUACAAAAUUUUUAAAAAAUUGAAAUAAUUUUUUUAAUAGCACAGUUAGUUAGAGCUAAUUUCAAAUAAAAAAAUGAAACCAGAAUCAACUUUUUAGCUUAAGUACUUUUUGAGCUAUGAAUUUUUAAAGUGUGAGUUCGUUUGGUAUUUUUUACUAUGGACGAAACCUCCACAUCUUGUGACCUCAUUCCGCUGAUCGCGUCAUGCGCAAUGACUAUAUACUUUAUAUAAGGCAACGCAUCGCCUUAUCACUAAAAUACUGUUUAGGGUCGACUUAGUUUAAACUUUCAACUUUGGCACAUGAAUAAUUAAUUAAAGCUUUCCCUGACCAAUGGUUUAAUAGUUUUUGCACACGGCAAACUCUUAUGAAUGAAACUCUGAGGUAGUACUACGAUACAGUUAUGCAAGUGGCUGUGAAUGGUUGCCAAUGACAACGUGUUGCACACGGUAAAUUCUGAUCAUUUAUAAUAUGGAUUCUACCGGGUUGUUAAAGCUCAAAUUAAAACAUUCCAGUUUAAAUGUCUUUAAAAUGCAUUCUGAAACACAAGUUAUCAAUUAUUUUGAUGUAAAUAGUGAUAAUAAAUUAAUAUUUCCUAAGUAUCGGCAACUUCCGCCAUUAAAAAGGGGGGCGUGGCCAACCCCAUGGCGAAAUUAGGUUGAGCGAGCUGCAUGACCUGCUGCGAACGCGUAGAAACAUGGCGUCUCUCGUAAGACACUUAUCGCUGUGAAAAUUGGCAUACGUGUAGAUCAAUAGAUUCCCCAGAUGCAAAAAAAAUUUGGUAGUGACAAAUUUUUUCCUUCGACUUAAUUUUAAUGAUGAAAGUUGCCUUAUAUUUACCAAGGAUUUUCUCAAAGCUGACUGAUGGUAAAUGAAAUAAGUAAUUGAUUAAAAUGUAGGCCAAGAUGUCUACCUAAUUAUAAGGCCGAAAACGGAACUCAAAUAUAUAUCGAAAGUACUAAUUUAAUAAUAAAUAGACACACACAUCGGAAAAUUAAAAACUCUGAUUUUUUGGCGCCGAUUGCGAAAUCCCAUACACAAUAAGUAGUAGUCUCCCUUGACUUACCGAAGUAUCUAACAUGUGUGCCAAUUUUCAUAGCGUUAUGUGUUUUACUAGAGACACUGCUUCUUCGAAUGAGCAGUAUUUCCUAUUGCUGUGCCCAACUUCCCUUUAAUGUACGUACUUUAAAACUAGUUGACGCACCGAUCUGCGCAUGUCCAAAAAUGUCGAAAAAACUUGUUCUACAAUAUGGCGUAGAGCUACACGGUAUCUUUGGAAAAUUGCAUACUACGUCACCUUUGUUUAUUAAAUAAUUGCUUUCCUCAUCAGUGACGUAUCAGUUUUUGUGUUCCGGCUCCGGUGAUUAUAUUAAAUUUAUACUACGAGUUGGUUUUUUUUGGGUCACGGACAGGAACAUCGUAACCAUUCGGUAAGUUUAUCACAUAAUACUUUUUUGUUAUUUAUGGAUUUAGAAAGAUGUUUAGCGCUUUAGAAACUACUUUCAUUCGUGAGUAUUAACAUAUUAAAAUUAUUAAAAUCGGCGUCUCCUUGAAAAGUUAUGCCUCCCCCAAAAGUGCAGGUGGGGGGUAUGAAAAUGUCGCUGAAUCGAAAGUAAAUUUUAUGCGAUCGAGUUGCCGGAAAUUGCUAUUAUUACUGUCAAUUAUGCAGUGAUCCUUUUUUGUUUAUUCCCUAAUCAUCUGAAUAAUUCUAAUACGUUUUACAUGAAUACUUUUUUUUUUAUAAAUAAGGAAAGAUUUUAACCAAACUUGAAAAGUUUUGGGUCUAUGGAUUGCUUUUUAGUUUAUAAAUUACAGUUAAAUUUAAAUAGUUUUGUUCACCAGGUACCAAAUUUAUCCGUUCUAGAUCUACCACCGUUCUUCAUUAUUGAAUGAAUAAUUAAUUGUUAAAUAAUAGUAAUAAUAAUAAUUGUUAUUCUCUUAUAAAUUACUAUUCAUAUGGGAGACUAUUGCAAAAAUUAGGCAUACAAUAAGUUAUUUUACUGGUAAUCCUAUUAAGUAAGUCUAUUUAGGCAUAGUAUCUAAAUUUCAUCACAUUUGCAGUUGCAAGCCUAAUUAAAGUUAGUAAUUUUUUAAUUUAAUUAUGAAUUUUAUAUUAUUGUUAAGUUAAUAUAGCAUUCUGAUACUACAUCCUCAUCAUAGUAAUACUUUUUUUAUUAGGACAUAGAAAAGCAGUUUACAUAAACAAUUAUUUAAUAUAUCAAAUUACAAUAAAUUUAAUAUUUAAAAAAAAAAGAAUUUAGUUUUAAUCACCACAUAAAAUGAAUAUUAUUAAAAAGAAACAAGAAAUGGUGAAUAUUAAGGAUUAUGAUUAGAUGUUAUUUUUAGUCAUCUUUCAGAUACAAGGGAAAAUUUUUAAUUUUCUAUUGAAGAGAAGAUCUUUGUGGAAUUUAUUCCACUUCCAUCAACAGUAAGGCAUAUAUGGACAUUAUGGACGAGAAUGGCUAAGACUCAAGACAAAGUUUAUGAAGGAGAAAUUUUGUGAUUCAUCAACAAGACCAAGAAGUCUGUAAAUUUUACAUUGAAGGAGUCUACAUAAAAAAUGAUAGGCAGAACAGCCCCAUUCCCUUUUAAAAUUUAAUCACAUACCCGUAUGCCACGGUAUGCUCAUAUCUUAGUGUCGUGAUGGUUUAUUUGAAUAGUUUUUAUAAUUUCAUGCAUUUAAUUUUGUAGUAAAAAAGACUUCUACUUACCUUUUAUAAAGAUAAGAAUUUAAUUGCAAUAUAACUGAAUCAUACAUUUAGUUUAAAUACAAUCAACAUGUAAUUUUUUUGUUUUUGCCUUUAAAAAUAAUAAUUUUUCCAAAUUUUUUUGCACAUGAUUUUCUCAACAUACCUGGAAUAAAAUUAUCCAAAAUAAAAAGUCUUGAUGUAAUGUAAAAUUUAUAUUGUUUGUUAUGUUGGUUAUUAGAUUAGGAAUGUCUCCUGAAAAUUUAUCUUUAAAAAUAAAAAUGUUGUGGGCAAAAUUAUGCAGAAAUGUGAAAUUUGGGUCACACAUUUUGGGGGUAAAAUAUAUAGAUUAUAUAAGGGGCAUAAAAAAUUUGACUAAAAAAUUCAUAACUCCACUUCUAUAAAAGAUAGAAAGAUGAAAUUGGUGUUGUUAUAAAUCUUAUAGAUAGCCCUUUAAAAUGAUGUAUCAUUCAUUGCAAUCAGACAAUAUUUAAAUUUUGUGUCAAAGUACCUACUUUAAUGUGACCACAACCUUUUUUAAUUGUGAAAGAUGCUGAUGCUUAGGAAUUAUUCAAUUCUUACCACUAUUUACAUCAAAAUACUUGAUAACUUGUGUUUUAGAAUGAAUUUAGAAGGCAUUUAAACAAGAAUAUUUUAAUUUGAGGUUUAAAAACCUGGUAGAGUCCAUAUUAUAAAUAAGCAUUAUUUGCCUUGUAAUGAGUGCACAGUGCCGUUGAGCAACCAUGUCUAUUCCCAGUCCUUUGCAUCUGCAUCUGAGUAUCAGUCUCAUAGUUUUAUAUAGAAGAGAUUGCAAACACUAUUAAAUCAUUGGUCAGGGAAAGCUUUAAUUAAUUAGUCAUAUGCGGAAUAAGUAGUCCCAAACCAGUAUUAUUUUUAGGAGGAUGUGUUUCCUUACAUAGAUAAAUUGCAAAUGCUUUAUUAAAGUAAUAAAUAAAAGUAAACUUGGAAAUCAAAAAGAGGCCUAUGGGCUAAGGGGAAUUCCGAAAAAGAUAUGAAACUAAUUUGUCCCUACACCCCAUUUUUCCCUCACAAAUUUGUCUCAAAAUUUUAAAAACCCUUAAAAGACAUUGUUCACAAAUCCUUGAACCUACCAUAGAUGCAUGGCGUCAUUCAUGAAUUGGCCCUGCUAAAUAUAAUUAUCAUAAUAAGAGGCUUGAAUUUUGUUUUUUAGUCAUUUCUGAAGGGGAGAUAACAUGUACAUUAUGAUAUAUACUAAAAUAUUACCAUUGGCUUAAAUUAGUUAAAAUGUGAGAAUGCCUAAUCCCACAUAUGGAUCUCAAUAUAAUUUAUUUCCUAAGCCUAAAUUAUAGUUUAAGUAUACAUAAGUAUUGGGUUCCAGUGAUGGAGAACUUAUUGGUACUGUUUUGUUCGCCGACACGUUCAUUUUGUUUCAUCCUUCUUUCUUUUUUUUUAUCAGGAUCUUCUUACUCUGUAAUUUAUAUUAAUAAUAUAUCCGAUUACUUCAAAUUGAUUGCAGUUCUAUCUGUAUUAUACUUUAGAAAGAAUCUUGGCCAAUUUGUCUCCAGAAUCUAUUGACUCUUUUGUUGAAAAUUGUGGCUGUGUGUUUAAGGAUCUCUUAAUAUUAUUUAACCUACAUAAGUUAGCAUGUUGAUUUACUGAUGAUAUAUUUAAUCCACCAUUUUGACAUCACAAUAUUAUUAUUUCAUAUCUUCUUAUUAUAUUUUUUUUUUUUGCAAAAAAUUGCUGUUUUGACAGAUGAUUCUGGAAAAAGUGACAGCGAUGAUGGAAAUGUGGCAAUACGACAGGCAGCAAACAAGAAGAAAAACAAUCCCAUGGUUCAAUCAGUGAGACUUCUUCCAAUUUAUCAUAUUUUCAUUUUAGAGUUUUCAUUGUCGCUACUAAAACAUAAUCUAAAGUCCAAGAAUAUAGAUUUUAAGUUACAAAUUCUCCUUUUUGCCCCCCACCCCCUAUGUGACCUGGAAAUAAAGUAUCAGAACAAAUUGUAAACAUUAUUUUCAGACAAAGAGAAUUAAACUAGCGUCAAGUGGUGUAAACCAUAGCUCUUCAAGUGAAGGAGACAGUGACAUAGAUGAAUCAUCAAGUAUAAAUGUUAAUUAUAAAUCUUCAAGAUCAGGGGUAGGUAUAUAUAUUGUAAAUGUCUUUCUUUUUUUUUCUUUUUUAUUCUUAAAACAUUUUGAUAACACUCCUUCAACCAGACUCUUUAAUUAUGCAUAAAAUGUAUGGCCCAAAAUUGAUCAACAUAAAUUGUCCCUUGUGAAAGAACUGGUAAUGUGAUUUAAUCAUUAGUUUUCAUUACUUCUAUCAUGCAUAAAUUUAUUUAAUUCAUUAUCUAAAAAUAAAAUUAAUUUAUAUCAGGACAUAAAAAAGAUAUAAAUAUGAUGUUGAAAUAUUGCCUAAUAACUUACAUUUAAAAUAUUUCCAGAAACGGGAAGGACCAGAUGACAUGGGCGCAACAUCUGUUGUUGAGAUAGACACUCAAGCUGAUAGAGAUUCACAAGCCAUACUUGAAAGAAGCUUACAACUUCAGAAGGUGCUUCUCCUUAAAGUCUCAAUAUUGAAUUAUGAUAAAACUAUUGGUCUAUAAAAUAUUGUCCUUUUCAAUCAAAAUUUGAAAUCCUUUUUGUUAGGAAAAUGAGAGAUCCCAAGACAUUCAAUCAAAUAUUGAAUUUUUGAAGUAGUUGGUGUGGUUUAAAUAUCAUAAUAAAUUGCCCUGUAUUUUUUCCAUGGCUUUAAACUGAAAAAAGUAAAACCUCACUGUAAGUAGUUAUAAAAUAGAUUAAUUUGUUAUUGAACUUGAACCAUUCAUUAUCAAUUACUCUGUUUGAUGUUGCAGGAAUUGAAAGACAAAGAAGAUGACAAGAUUUAUAGAGGUAUCAAUAACUACCAUCAGUACUAUGAAAAGAAAGAUUCUGUUCAAGGCAAUGCAGAAAGUGGGAAGAGCAGGUGAUUAACAGCUCUUGGUCAAUCUGCGUUGUGGGAUAAGUAACUGAACAAAAUUAUAAAACUUUAAAUUUGCCUUUGAGCUCACAUCAUAACUUAGACUCAACUAGGAUGUAACACUGCAAACUAUUUGUCAGGUAUGGUCCACUGAGAGCACCAGCCCACCUCAGGUCCACAGUUAGAUGGGAUUAUCAACCAGAUAUUUGUAAAGACUACAAGGAAACAGGGUUCUGUGGCUUUGGAGGUAAAGUUGACAAUUUAAUUGACCAUAUUAUUUUUUUAAACAUCUAGCAGCAUCAUUAGGUCUGCGUCUGCUAGAAAUAUAAUUUAAGACACAUGAAGCACUCUAAAUAACACUUAUUUCAUACCUUUGAGUAUGAUUGUAAUUCAGGCUACUGCAAAUAUGUCGUUUUUAAGACAUUUACAGCUGCAAAUGUCAUCUAUAUUAAUUAAAUAAUGAAUUAAAAAUUAUACAUUAAUUCAAUUUCAAUUGUUUAAUUAUUUUCUUUUUAAUAAAUAUAGCCACUUAGUCUAAAAAAAUUUUUGCAAGGUUAUUUUGUUUUAAUUUCACUACUUUUUUUUAGACUCGUGUAAAUUUCUUCAUGACCGAUCGGAUUACAAGCAUGGCUGGCAACUGGAGCGUGAAAUGGAACAAGGGACUUACGGACAAAAAGGUUUGUCUGAGAGAGAUUCUUCUUCUGCUUGUCUUGGUUCCUAUUUGUUCAUAAACUUUUAGAAUUGAUUUUUGAAAUUUUGCCUUACAUUUCUCUUUCAGUAUAAUUAACCUGAUUUCAUUAUUGUGUUUCAUAUAGAAUUAGAGAUAAAUUUAAAUAUUAAAAAUUCUUGGGGAUUAUGGUUGCUGAUAAAAAGUAUGUCUAUAUUCCUUACUGGUUUACCAAUAUGUCAGAUAGUAGAAAGCUAAAAAGUGGCUAAUAGUUUAGCAAAUCGUUGUUGACAUUGUUUACUUCAGAAAUCACCUCAUGUCUGUUCAACAAAGUAGCAUUUAGUUAUAGUGCUCCAAGUUUUUGUGAACUUCUCUUAUUGUUCUUCUAACCAACAACAAAAAAUUCCCAAGGAUUAAUUCCCCAAUUAGCCUCUGAUGUGUGUCACAUUCUCACUUGCAUAUAAAUAUCACAUAAAUUUGUUAGCAGCUCAGCAACAAUGGUAAAAUUCAGUGUUAUUCUUUUGUUUGUCCCUGUUGAGUUUUAUGCAUUGUACCUGCAUUCAAUUGAACACUUUACAUAAUAAUAAUAAUAAAGAUUAUUUAAAAAUCACGCUUCAUCCCCAUAUAUAUCUAAAAGAUAAUUGCUAGCUAGACAACAUCACCCCAGCAGAUGUUUGCAAAAAGGUAAGUCUUCAAAUCAGUUUUGAAAGACUCCAGUGUCUGGCUGUUUCUGAUAGCGAUAGGAAGAGUGUUCAAAAUUGUUGGGCCAGAAAAUGCGAAAGUGCGCCCCUCAAUAAGUAUCAAGCCGAACACAUGGUAUCGAGAGUUUGCCACUAUCAGAUGAGCGGAGUUGUCUAGUGAGUACAUAAGGCAUAAGGAGCACUUUGAGAUAGGAUGGUGCCAGGUCAUGCAAGCAGCGGUAGCACAGAGUUGCAAUUUUGUACUCUAUGCGAGUGCGGACCGUCAGCCAAUGCAACUCUCUCAGAAGUGUUUUAGCAUGGUUGAAUUUGCGUUUUCGAGUAUUCACUGUGGUUUUUUUUUAUUUGAAAAACAAUUUAAAAUAAAAAUUGAUGUUUUCAGAUGAGCAGAAUUAUGAGAUAAGCAGCGAUGAGGAGGAUUUCCCAUUCAAGUGUUUUAUCUGUAGAAAUUCUUUCAAGGACCCUGUUGUCACAAAGUAAGAAUACAAAUACGUAUCAUUUAUUUAAUUAUUUGAGGGUGUCAAAUUGUAAGCCAUCAGUCCAGGAUGUAAGAAGAGGAUGUCUUUACAGGGGCUAAUGAAAAGGGGCAUUCGGUAAAUGCAUUUUUUUUUUAAUGAUGUAAAUAACACAAAUCUUAACUGUGCUUGUAAAUAUUUUUUUUUGUAUGGAUUUUUAAGCCAGAACUUUACGUAGAAUGACAUUCAUGAGAUUUCCAGCUUACUCUCAAUCCUUUUCUCACACGUACUAUACUUCUUAAUAAAGAAGGGAAUACUUGACAAUAUAAUAUGAUAUAUUGGAUGCAUCUUGCAAAGAUUUGCUUUAGCAGAAACAGUUGGGGUUCAAGUUCAAAUGAGUUUUCAUGAUCUUAAUUUUUUUUUAAAUUACAAAAAUAAAAAAUUGUAAAAGUGGGAGGGGGCAUAUGAUACUUCUAUCCAGCAGAUUUAUAUGUGGUCAGAAUAAAUAACUAAUCUAGUAAACCUUUUUUAAUUAAUUUUUUUUUAAAUUUACUUUCUUAAAUGUUUAAAACGUAGCUUUCUGUUUCUGAUUAUUGCACUGCAGUAGUGACUUUUGCAUUUCAGGUGUAAACACUAUUACUGUGAGAAAUGUGCCUUGGAGCAUUACAAAAAGUCCAAGCGGUGCUUUGUGUGUAGUGAACCCACUGGUGGAAUUUUCAAUCCAGCCAAAGGUUAGUGAAAAAGUUUGUUUUGUUGAGAAUAAUCCUUUCACUUUUGAAAAUGACUGCCUUGAGGAAUUUUGGGUUAAAAAAUUAUCCUUUAAAGUGGGGGUUUGCAUUAUACACUCCUGUAACAAGACUUUUUACCGUAAGCGUACUUUGAUACUAAAUCUUAAAGCCCAUGCAACCAAAUCUUGGCCCCCUCACAUUUGGCGAGUAAGCACGCAUCUUAUCAACAACUUUUAAUUUUAAACAUGACCGGUACAAUAAUUCAAAGAACUUUUAAACUUUUAAUAAAAUAUUUAUUUAGCCUUCACUUGUAUUGUAUUAUUGUGGACAAGUUAACAAAUCUCAUACGUAGCUAUGGCAUUUUAGGGAUUUUUACAAAAAAUCAAGGGUUGGCAUUAUAUGUGGAUCUUGUUAUACGUGGUAUUAUAAUGGUAUUUGUUAGAUUCAUUGGAUCGUGAGUAGCGGUAUUACCGUUACUUUCCUACAAGGGCGUCGGAUGAGAAAUAUUCUUUUUUUUCCUCAAAUUUAACCACUCUCCCAUAAAUAUCAAUAGAUUAACAAAGUCAUGUUACAAUUUGGUAAAAUUAUUUUCUUUAACAAAUUUCAUUGAGUUUGAAUGUUUUAGAAAGGAAAAAAAAAAAAGGUAGCCUCAGUCUGUCAGUGUUGAUACCACACUGAAAUCUUUGGAGGGUUGGUAAAUAAAAAAAUUCAGUCAAUUACCCACAAAUCUACUUAGGACUUGUAAAUCAACUAAAACUUCUUAAAAUUAAAAGUCACCAUUGUUUUGGUUUACGGGGUCAGUGACCAUUAAAUUGGAUUAAAAAACUUUCUCUUUUAGAACUGAUGUCUAAGUUGGAGAAAAGUAAAAAGUCUGACGACAUGCCUGAUGAUAAUAGCGAUGAGGGAGCCACGUAGUCACGGCAGAAACUUUUCACUUUAUUUCAUAUGUAAAUUUCAAAAUUAAAAAGUGUUAAGGUCACUCAACAUUCAUCCUGUUAAUGUUUUAUUUUAGUUAUGCAACUGUUGUUAAUAAUUUUAACAAAAUUUUGGACUGCAUGCCUUAUUUAUUAUUACUGCUGGUUUCACCCAGUAUUGUUAGUGCAAAUAGUUCAUUCAUUACAAAAAACGAAAAAAAAACUGAUUUCACUUUUCUUUUUUAAAUACAAAAGAACAUGCAUAUAAAAUAUGUAUAUUUCAGCAUGUUUUUUUACAUGGAAAAAAUUGUGAUGUUGAAACUGAUAAUGCAUUUAUUAAACAAAUCUAUAUAUAUUAUUCGCCAGCAAAAGCCAAACAAGACGGGUCAAACAAGGCUAUUUAUAGAUACGCCAGAGUGUGGUUCAAUGAGUUCACUAGCCCGCAAAAUAUAAUUCCCGAUAACUACGCUAUAUAUGAUAUAUAUUUUUUUUUAGUAACGCAAUUGCGUUUGGUGCUUAAUAUUUUCUUUUCAGAAAUAAAUCGUCUCAAUUUAAGUGUUGUGUAAAAAAUAUUCAGUUUUAAAGGGGUUGGGACAUGAGAAUAUUAAUAUAGUUCAAGGGCGUGAAAUAAAAAGUGUGCAUUGACGUAUCAUGGUGGAAGGGGUGUAGCAAAUAUUGGGAUUCUUUUAAAUGUGCAUUACUUGAGUUCAUGUUUUGUCAAGUAACUUUACUAGAUGGGAAGUUCAUGCAUUGCUGUCGCCAAUGUUUGGCGGGCUAUAACUAGUUUAUUAUAAUACUGGAUUUGAUUUAUUACAAUAAAUACAGUAACAAUAUCUGUUGAAAUUUUUGUUAUGAAUUUCUAUUGCAUUUUUAAAAAUCAUAUUGAAAUAGUUUAUUUCUUUCACAGAGUUUUAUAUUAAAAAUUAUAGUUAUUCUAAGGUUAUUUUAUAAAAAAUUGUUUAUAAAUUAUUAUUUUUUUUUUACAAAGCAUUCUUUUUUUCAGGUUCCACCAUUUUUUAAAUUCUCUUAUGUCUUAUUGUUUGCUGCUCACACUGCACCUAACAAAACACAAAUAAAAUUUUAUUCUAGAAAUAAAAAAGUAACAAAAAAGUAAUAAAUGACUGUGCAUACAUGAACAUAGCAAUACAGAAGAUCAAAUGUUCAUCUUUACAAACAUUAUGCAAAUGGAACUUGAAACAUCAAAAUCACACAUUACCUAGUUAUGUCUAGUAAAAAAAAAAAAAUUAAGAAAAAAAGUAAACAUAAUAAUAUACCAACUGAGUUUCUCAAUCUAAUUAAAAAAAUCCUAGGUUUUUGGAAUUUGAAAAAAAAAAAAAAGAUUAUCUACAGGUAAAAUCAAAGGAUUAGUACAUUAAAAUUAAAUGU